AUACAUACACACCCUCUCUCAUCAACCACACCUACACUAAAAUCAUUCCACUAUUUCACGUUCUCCUCUCAUCACAGCAUAAAAUCACAAUUUUGAUUAAGGCCAAUAUUAUAUCCUCCUCUUAAUUCCCCAAUUACAAAAUCAACAAUCGGAGAGAGGAGAGAGAGAGAGAAAAUGAAUAGGUAUGAUGAAUCUAUGUGGCAAGAGAGGAGGGCAACAUCCAUGGAGGAAAGCCUGAAGCAUUACAAAGUAACUAACAUGGCUCCAUCAAACCCUAGAACGAUGCGGCCCGCCUUCUCCGAUGACGACCUCGUAGCCGCCGUAGUCCCGCCGGUGACGGUGGUUCUGGAGGGGAGAUCCAUCUGCCAGCGCAUCUGCCUCCACAAACACAGCAGCUACCACAGCCUCGCCCGAGCCCUCCGCCACAUGUUCGUCGAUUCCUCGAAUAAUGAAACCAAUCUCGAUCUCGAUCUCGAUCUCUCAAACGCCAUUCCCGGCUACCUCAUUGCCUAUGAAGACAUCGAAAACGAUCUCCUUUUAGUUGGUGACCUUAAUUGGAAGGAUUUUGUCAGAGUGGCAAAGAGAAUCAGGAUUCUUCCGGUAAAGGCCAAGUCCAGAAAUUAAGCACAAUAAGGAGUGAUUAAUUGGUUCAGUUAAUUAAGGAAUUUAAUGGCUGCAGCCUCAGUGAUAUUUGAGGUCUGCUGUUAUGUUAUUUUCAGAUCUUUUUAAUUACUAUAAUUUUGUAUUUUGUUCUAUCUCUUAUUUCAUUUUAUAUUAUAUUAUGUUAGUCUAAAUUUCAUCUAAUUAGUUAAAUGUGAGUCCAUUA